CGCGAGACUCGAGCGCUCGUAUAGCCGCGGCAGACUGUGUGUUCUCUGCGCGCGUUCUCCGCGUCCGCUCGCGCGACGUCCGCUCUCUUGUAAUUUCGCGCUCUCACUCUCGCUAUACGUUAUAGCGCUACUUACGUGUGCUACUGUGUUCCCUAUAUGCCGGACUUUAUCGUUCUCUCUUCUCCGUACUCGUUGCAUCCGCGCGAUACGGUAUAGAAUAAUAAUAAAGUAUAAUACCAAGUGACGCGAGUUGGUGUGACACGUGUGCGUGAUAUGAUGAUUCUCCCAAUGACCCAAGUUUUUUGGCUCCAGUCUCGGGCUUGUUGAGGAAGCUGACAAGUCUGCGGGCCGAAGAGGAGCUCUCUCGGAUCUACUUGACACAGUGUUAUAGAUCUCUCGCAUAUACAUCCAGGAGUGCGUGGCGAAUUCAAGAGGGAAGAUUCUGAGUGGCAGCUCGAGGAGUGAUUGAUUCGCGGCUGCCGACGUCCGGCUUCGUCUCUCGUCUUCUCCGGGGAAAUCAUUAAGGCGGCCGCGCGCCGACGGCGCAAACACGGAAAUCAAUUGGUCGGCAGUGCCGAGAGUACAGUGCGACUCUUUAAACGAGGAUGCUGCAUCGAGGAGUCGCUUAGGCGUUCGACAUAACGGGGCUGAACUCCUCUCCGCCGUUUCGGAUUGAAGAAACAGAGUGCAUAUUCGGUGACUAGAGGGGCAGAGCAAGAGAGCAAGAGGACGGCUGCAAUGUGUAUGGAGGAACGUCGGCUGAUGCUCGCAGUUGUCCCAGCAGGAGGCUGGAGCUACGUUAGCAGUAAUAGCAGCAGCAGCAGCAGCAGCCAGUGACCUAGAAAAGAGAAAAGCCAGAGAGAGGUUAAUUUAAUCUCUGUAGGGGGUGUAGCAGCAGCGGCGGCGGCGGCAGCAGCGAGGGAGCGAAGGGAGAGUAGGAUUCCUCUCGCGAUAAUAAUUGGCGGAGCGUUGUCCCCUGCUCGUGAGCGCAUAAACGCGGCCGAGGAUCGUAGCAGCAGUAGCAGCAGCAGCGCCGAGGGAGGGAGGAAAGGAGAAUUUGGCUUUCUCUCUCUCUCUUUCUCUCUGUUCGUCUCUUUGUCGCCCGGUGCCGCGAGCGAGAGCUACUGCUGCUUUCUGCCGCUGAGAGAAGCGAGAAGAGAUCCGAGAGAAAGAGAGAGAGAGAGAGAGAGGGUGCGAGAGGGGGCGAGAGGGUGAGAGCGAGAGAGGAAGCCGCUGCUAUGCUGGCGGUGGGUCGGCGCGCGUCGUCAGGGCAGAGCGGCUCGGGCUCCAACUGCUCCAACCACGGCUGUCCGUCGACCUUGGCGAGGCUGCUGCUGAGCUCGAUCGCUCGUGAGGAAACGACUACAGCAACGGCCGCUGCCUGGCCGCGCCGCCCCAAGAGCAGCAAGACUGGCAGUGGCGCCCGCAGCAGAAGCCAGGAGAAAUGAAGUUGUCUGUGUCGGCAUACAGAGCACAGGCAAGCGCCCACAAGAAGAUCCUGAGCAAUUAUCAGCACCAGCUGAGCUACGGUGCCACCAAUCAGGCGACCUCGGCCCGGACCCCCUCAGACCCUGCGGCGGUCCUUCCUGGUCUCAAGCUUCGAGUCUGGAUGUCACAACUUACCCCGAGAGCACGCGAUCGUAGAAAAUGCCAAAAAAACGGCCAGCGGUGGAUCGGGCGGAGAACGUGGAGGCCCAGGGUGGAGGACUGGCGCCGCCGUCGUCCGGGUACCACUGCAGCGCUGCGUCCGGUUCGAGAAUGGGCCCGGGGCCCGAUUCGGGCAGCAGCGCCCCGUCAUCGGUGCCCCACUCGCUGGCUACGUCGCGCGACGAGGAGGAUGACGACGACGAGGAGAGCAGUGGCCGACGGUCCAACGGUCACGGAGGAUCUAGUUUCAGGCAGCAACAAGCAGCAGAAGCCGAUCGUCGCCGUGACUUGCACGUAGGGCAACGUCGAAAAAUAGCCGAAAUUCCUCAAAAAUGUCUCCCCAACCAGCCUCGGGAGCUUCGACAAUUCCUCAGCGUAAUAGAUUCGUCGAGCGCAAAUGUAUUUCAUUGCAGAGGGUCGUCGGUGGCAGUAGGAGGAAGCUUCCAGCGGGGCGCGAGUCUGCUGAGCAAGUCCUUCAGUGGCAGUGGCCUCGGAGCUGGGAGUAGUGGCGGCAGCCUCGGUUUCCCAGCCUCGACUACCUCCAACUCACUGGACAGCGCCUGCGCCGACUCGUCGGAGAUACCGGCGGCGGCCAGGAGGCCCCGCAGCACGCGGGGCUCGCAAAAGUGGAGCAACGUGCGCGCCGUCAUGGCACUCUAUUCCUCCUUACGCAAGAUCAAGAGAACGAAGAGCAACCAGCGGUGGAUGAAGUUACGCACAACGGUACAGCUGUCCUCGGCGAUCUCGACGAUACAGAAAAAGCCGCCGCUCAAGCGCGAGGACUCGUUCCUCAAGCGCUUCUCCACCCGACAGAUACCCGAGAGCCAGGAGACGAUAGAUACGGGCGAGGGCGAGGGCGACCAAUCCGACGACAAGAACUCGAGCCGUAGACGACGAAGGCCGCGGAGGCCGCAGAAACCGCCGAAAACUGUGGUCAAUCCGGACGAGAACUUUUACUACUACUGGCUCAUGCUGCUCUCCGCCUGCGUCCUCUACAAUCUCUGGACGCUUAUCGUCAGGCAGAGCAUGCCCGAGCUCCAGGAGAUGGCGCCGGCGCUCUGGCUCAGCUGCGACGGCUUCACCGAUCUCGUCUUCUUCCUCGACGUGGGCGUCCAGUUCCGCACCGGCUAUCUCGAGCAGGGCCUCAUGGUCUACAACAGCAAGAAGCUCGCCGGCCACUACUUCAAGUCCAAGUCCUUCAUCCUCGACCUGCUGGCUCUGCUGCCGCUCGAUCUGCUGCAGGUCAACCUGGGCAGCAACCCCAUGCUCAGGUUUCCAAGGUUCCUCAAGGUCUACCGGGUCUACAACUACUACUACAUGGUCGAGUCGCGGACGGUCUAUCCCAACCUCUGGCGGGUGCUCAACCUCAUCCACAUCCUGCUGAUACUGGCGCACUGGUUCGGCUGCUUCUACUACCUGCUCAGCGAGGCCGAGGGUUUUCACGGUGAUUGGGUCUACCCGUACAGGCCCGGCGAGUACGCCACCCUCACGAGAAAGUACCUGGGCUCGCUCUACUGGUCCACCCUCACGCUCACCACCAUAGGAGACCUGCCCACGCCAGAGACCAACGCCGAAGCUGUAGCGGGCGGCAACCCCCGGAGCCUCGCUCGUCGCGGUCGACUGUCCCGGCUUCUGCAGUUCAAGCAUAACGGAGGAUACGUCUUCACGAUAGUCAGCUACCUGAUCGGCGUGUUCAUCUUCGCGACGAUAGUCGGCCAGGUCGGCAACGUCAUCACGAAUCGCAACGCCAAUCGUUUGGAGUUCGAGCGACUGCUGGACGGCGCCAAGACAUACAUGAGGCAUCAUAAGGUGCCGGGUGGCAUGAAGCGCAGGGUUCUUCGCUGGUACGACUACAGCUGGUCCAGAGGCAGGAUACAAGGUGGUGGCGAUAUAAACACCGCCCUCGGACUGCUGCCCGACAAGCUCAAGACCGAGCUGGCCCUUCACGUCAACCUGUCCGUCCUCAAGAAGGUCACCAUCUUUCAGGAAUGCCAGCCAGAAUUCUUGCACGACCUCGUCCUAAAGAUGAAGGCCUACAUAUUUACGCCGGGCGACUCGAUAUGUCGUAAAGGCGAGGUGGCGCGAGAGAUGUUUAUAAUAGCGGACGGGAUCCUCGAGGUAAUCAGCGAAACUGGAAGGGUCCUCACGACAAUGAAAGCCGGCGACUUCUUCGGGGAGAUCGGCAUCCUCAACCUCGACGGGCUCAAUAAGCGCACAGCGGACGUACGUUCGGUCGGCUACUCCGAACUGUUCAGCCUGUCGCGCGAGGACGUGCUGGCCGCGCUGAAGGACUACCCGGAGGCUCAGGAGAUCCUGCAGAAGCUCGGCGAGAAGCGUCUUCGCGAAGCUCAGCGCGUGGCUCGUUCCUUCCGUCAUCCGCCGUCGCCAGGACACGACUCGUCGGACAACAGCACCGGCAAGCGCAUCGUCGACAAGCUCAAGAGCGACGUCAAAGGUCUAAAGAACGUGCUACGCAAGAGCCGACGGAACACCCGGCCGGAGGAGAGCCUCGAGCUGCAGCCUCUCACGUCGAAGGCACCGCAGCUCAGGCGGCAGACGCGCAUCGACGAGAGUCAGGACGUCUGCACCUCGGCGUCGGAACCGCCCGUGUCGCCUCUCGGUGCUGGACUACCACUGCUCGCCAGGCUCAGGCUGCUCAAGGAGAAGCAGGAGAGGGAGGAGCGCAGGAAUCUCAUGGAGACCUCCAAUCAGAUAACCGAACAGGUACAGACGACCGUGGAGAUGCAGAACCCGAGCAGUAGCAGCAGCAGUGCCAACGUGACAGUGCCGCUACUGCAGCGACUGCUGCACAUGAAGUCGAAAGCGGAGCCGGACCCUGUGAUAGACCGCGAGGCGAUUGUGGCGAAGGAGCCGCUGCUACCGCGCAGCGUCAUCCCCGAGGAGAGCGAGAUCUUCAUCUCCAGCGAGCAGAACGACGUAAAGGCGACGUGCACGACGACUACAACCAUGUUGAUUCGCUCACCGACCUCGACCUCGGACGUCGAGUCGAACGGCGCGAGUCGCAAGCCCUGGGCGAUGCUGAAAGAUGCCUCCAUCAAGACCGGCGGACAGGACUCGAUGGGACGGGUCAAUCACCGGGCGCUGCCGCCGCGAACUUCGCCCGCUCGCAAGCUCCAGAUCCGUCAUAGCCUCGUCCACCUGCGCCAGAAGAAAACCAAGAUGUACGCCUCGGUCGACGAUCUCUCGCCCGAGUACUGCGGACUGCCGUUCGUCAAAAAGCUCAAGAUCCUGAACGAGCGACAAAAGCUCGCCGAGCUUGAGAAGGUGGUGCGCAGCUCGAGCCUCGACUGCGGGGAGAACGCCGAGGCUGAGUUCGAUGGGAACCUCACCAGGAGCCACUCCGAGGCUUGUGCCAUUGAAUACGCCAGAAAACUCGCCAAACUCAACAAGCUAGGGUCAGGAGUGAUUUUUACGAGGAAAGCGUCACAGCUUUGGGUCAUGGAUUUUACACAGACUGCUCCCGACGCUUUUAAAAUUAAUAGCAUUACAACGCUUCCAGACGCUUCCCCAGAGCGCCGGCGCCGCACACUAACGUCGCCGGAUCAGCUCUCUCCCGAGAACGAAACGUUAGAAAGGCGAAAUCUAAAGAGCAUCCUUAAGAAGCUCUCGGCCGGCAGCCGAGCUGGAAGUUCGGAAACUUCGGCGACGAGCACGCCGGACCGCGAGGCCGCCACGGCCGAGCUGAGAAAACUGAUGCGCGCGCCGACCCUGGAGGGCUACGCGGCCAGGCACUCGAAGCUGUCCAAGAGCGUGACCUUUAACAAGUAUACUUUGCAGAGCCCGCCAGGCAACGAGCCUGUCCAGUCGACGGCGCUCGCCCCCCUCGCUCAGGCUCAGCUGCCCUCGUCCUCGUCCUCCUCGUCACAGCAGCUGGCGCACGAGCAGCAGCAGCAGCAGCUGCUCGGGCAGGAGGCCGGCAACGACGCGCUGGAUCAGCAGCCACUGCCGCCGCCGGCAACGCCCGCCAGUAAACUUACCUUCCGUCCGCUGGGCAGUGCAGGGGCCGUCGUCGCGAGCCAGCUCUUCGGCUCGAAGCCGAGGGAGGACGAGUGCAUGGGCGAGCUCGUCUCGGGCAUCCGGGAUGUUAUACAGUCCAGACUGGAGAACAUCCAGAGCAGGUUCGAGCGGCACUUCAGCUCGCUCGAGCUCGAGAUCCGCAAGCGGGACGAGAUAAUCUCGCAGCUGCAGGCGCGCAUCCUGGAGCUGGAGCAGCCGGGCGGCCGGCUGAACGAGGAGGAGGACUCGCUGGGCGACAGCACCGAGCACGACGCUUCGCUGGAGGACGACUUUGUCGACGACAACGAGGACCACCCGUUCAUGCGCGACAGCUCGGUCGACACGGUGCUGACGGCGCGGCCGCGUCGCCGGCACUCGUCGCCCUCCUCGACGACGGACUCCUCAGCGGCGCACAACCGGCGCUCCUGGGAGGAGCACUCCGAGGAGGAGACGCUAGAGCUGCAGGACCUGCCGCGCUCCAUCACGCCGCAGAGCCUCUGGAAGGACGACGUGGUGAUCGAUCUCGAGUCCAGCGACGAGAGUGGCGACGAGCUCGGCCGGCCCGGCAGGAGUGGCCUCCCGGCAGCCCUGGCCGGCAGCCUCAGCGACGAGGACGAUGAGGAUGAGCAGGUGGUCGAGGUGCUCGACGAGAACGGCCACAACAACUGGGAGGUAGCAAUGCUCGCUCAGGAGCUCGAGAAGAGACGCCGCAGCAGCGAGUGCUCCAGUCCGGGCUCCUAGCGCAUCAACGCCCUGCUGGCGGAGCUGAGGCGCCGCUCCAACGACGGGCGCUCGAGGUUCUGCAGCCUCUGCCGGCGGCUUUGCAGCAGCGUCGCGAGGAGCUACCCCGGAACCAACUGCCCCUACCUCGAUCUCACCCGUGUCGCGCUCAACGCCUGCAGCGAGACCAUGAUGUGACCGCUUUUCUAUUCCACAGAUCUAUGAUUUACCUAUCGAUACUCUGUCUCCAUUCUUCUUCCUCUUCUAUACUUAUCUGACACUAUACUUAUAUCAUCCGCCCUUGUAAUGACAACCUGCACAAUUAACUUUUUACACCAUGUACUUUCUAUAUACGCGCCGAUCGCAGACACGUACCGCCGCGACGACGAGGGGAAAAGCCGGAGCAUUUUUAUCGAGAGCGCGCCUCCUCGUUCGCUGCAUCUGUGUGUUUGUGUGUGUGAGUGAGUGUGUAAAUAAACAAAGUGCGAGGAUUUUAACGAAAAUGCCUUCUUCGAAGACUACACUGUAACCGCGACUUUUUAAGGAAACAAGCAAUGGCGCUGACGCGGGACUCGACUCGCUAUAACGCGAUCGCAAACGGACGAUCGUGCGGAGAAAAUUAUUGGGAAAAAUGAAAAUUACAAUAAGCGUGUAGAGAUCGUCAUGGAUAUGCUAUAGAUUCGUGCGUAGGUUCUACUCACUGUAGCCCAUAGCGUGUGUAAGAGCAGAUGAGCAGCAGCCAGUAAAGAAACAAAAACAAACCCUCGUAAUAUACCAACGCGGCUUCUGAUGCUAUAAGCGUACGUAAUAAUCGAACGACGUGUAUCAUUUAUUAAUUCGAGCACCGAUUGUAAAAGGCCAAGAUCGCCGAAAACAGAUGUAACCGAGCGAGACGACAUCCCCGUGCGGUGCGGUCCAUAUAGCGUGCGUUAAUCAAAUAUUUUCUAUAAGUAAUGAAACUCAUUAGGUUUUGUCGUAGAUUCCAUAUUUUUCUACACCUCUCAGACUAUUACUUUUAUACAUGCAACGCGAGAGAAAAACAAAAACAAGGGCGAAACAAAAAGACGCACUCCGCUCUCUAUAUGCAUAUAUAUAUAUAGAGUCACAGUGGCUUCAAGCGCGGCGCGGGCAGACAUGCGGUGAGAUCACUAUGUAAUUCAAACAACUUCAUUUCUUCGAUUGUAAAUAUUCACAGGUGCCUGAGAAAGAGUUAUUAAUUAUUAAUAUACUCGAGGUGUACUUUAGAUGUUAAAAUGAAAGGGAAAAAUAGAAUGAAUUUUAUGUGGAUAAGCACCAGGCUGACGACUCGGAAGUCGUGACGUUCGUCGAGUCGCUUGUGGCGACUCCUCCGUUUAAACUACUAGGAAUCUCGUUGCCGAUUUAAGUCUCAUUUAAAGAAAUAGCGCGCGCGUUUUUGUAUGAAAUAUAUUAAAAACAAAAAGUAUAUGAAUCCAUGAGUAUAUAAUGAAUUUCAAUUAUGUAAGAAAACAUUAGGUUUCGAAAGCGUUAACGUCGCGGAGGAUCUAUUGAAAAUGGAUUCCCUUGUGUAAACGACUCUAGUUGUAUGAAAAUGAAUUAUUAAGGAAAACACAUGAGAGAUAUCAACGGUAGAUAGAUUCAGACUCUUUAGUCUUUUGGUUUAACAACUUUUUCGGGAAUUAUCGAGCGUGCGACUCGCUGUAAUAUCGACGCAUGAUACGAGCGAGACUUUCCCGAGAAAAUAGAAUCGCUUGACAGUAAAAAAAAAUUAGUCCUUGCGUAAAGUCGCACGUUUGUAGAGAUGCGAGAAACGUGGCCGAAUUAUAUCACUUUAUAAUAUUAGUUCGUUUACACCUUGCAACGACUCAUACAUAAACCCGAUAACGAGCUCGACAGGUCCUAUCUGUAUAGCGAGGACUGCGCGUAUACGUAUACACACACACGUUGCAUCGUUGAGAAAAACAGAAUAACAUACGAGCAGUUAUAAUCACAAUUAAUAAACGAAUAAAGAUAUUAAAAUUAUUGCCGAGAUAAGAUAUUGUUUAUCCAAAAUUAAUACAAUUUAAUAAUACAAAAAAAAUGUAAUUACGUACAUUGACCAGACCAAGCUCAAUAUUUCUAGAGUCUUUACAAAUUACGUCUAUUAAGCGAACGAAUGCGACUAUUAUGUACAUAUAAGCGAGGGAAGUAAAAUAACUAUUGAAAUCUUGUAAAUACUAGAUUAUGAUUUGUUUAUUUGAGCAUAAAUGUGAGCGAAUCCGAGAGAGAGAAAGAAGCGUAGCAUGCGAGAAUGGUGCUAAUAAAACUGCGAAUGCACGAAAACCAGAUUGAUAAAGAAAGAGUAUAAAUUACACGAGAAUUAUUGACAUACGUGAGACAUUGAAAGGAAAAGUCUUUAGAUGCUGAGAAUGUAUUUAUGAAAGAGCGAAAGAGGUAUACAAUAAUAAAGCGAACGUUGUUUUCAAAAAAUAAA